UUUGCCCAAUUCUGUUUACACAAAUAAUAUACAGAUGAAUUCUGGAACUACUCUUUUUUAAAGUUGGCUAAAAAUGUAUGGCUAAUAUGCAUUUUACUUUUAUCAAUUUGUUCAAAUAUGAUAGCAUUAUGUACCCGCUAUCAAAUAUGUGUUUCCAUGUAUAGUGACGUCAUUCGACGCAACGCCAACGGUAAUGAUGUAAAUACCUACAUAAUAAUGGAAUGGUAACCCCGCCUGCGCUAUCGGUAUACGCUGGAGGGGCACCAGUGAGACAUGAUACGUGCAUGAUACGCAAGGACGAAAGUAGGUCAGUUAGCCGAUCGUGACGAAUUCAAUAAGAAUUAACAAUGAUAGUGUCCAGAAGGAACCGCGUGGAAGUCGACCUGAUAGAGUAUAUUGCUAGUCGUGGAGGUGUAAGAUCCUCAUUACUAACCAUCCAUUUUACCCCACGGUGACGAUAUAUAGUUUCGUAAUUGGUAUAUAAUUAUAUUGUAAUCCACAAAAAAAAACCAACUUCAAUUAUGGCAAAACCAAUUAUUUUGAUUUUAAAUUACUGAACCGAUUUUGAUAAAAUUUCUAUUAGAACAAUUUAUAUGUACCUAUUUUUAUUUAAUAGGAUAUAUCUUCUAGAUAAAAAAAAAACAAUUUUUCAAAUUGGUUCAGAGCUGACGGCGACAUGAGUUAACAAUCAUAAAAAAAUAUAGAGAAAUUGGGGACUUCCUUUUUGAAGUCGAUUGAAAAGUGCGAUCGUUCUCUGGCGAUGGAAAAUAUCGUUAACCAACCAAAUUUUAAUUAAUUUAAUCAGCUUAAUAACAGUAUGGCAUGUAUCAUUGCACAUAUGUAUAGAUUAUAAAUGUACAAAUCUUUCAAAUCCAAACUAUUACUGUAGUCUAACUAUUUAUUGUAUAACUACUCGUAGUAUUGGAGUUUUUAUAAAUUUUCGUCCUAAUAAUUAUAUAUUAUGAAUCUCAUGUCGUGGCGGCCUUUAAUUGAGGCAGCAUUUUAUAAUGUAACCAUAUUAUAAUGUAUUUUAAGUAGAUAUAAAUGUAUGCUUUGUUGGUUGUCCUUAAAUAAAUAAAUAAAUUUAUCCGAACGAUGGCAAAAGAUUCGCCCUUGGCAUGCUAACUUCUAAUAGAUAUGUUAAAUGCGUACUAAAGCAACAGUUGAGUUCCUCGCCCGUUUUCAGCUGAAAUUGCAUUACGAAUGGGCAGUAGAAUCAUAAAAAAUGACUAUUCAAAAAUGUUUAAAUUUAAUUUUAUUUCAAUAAAAAUUGUACUUUUUCGUAUCGACUAUAGCUGUGUAGGUCCCGGCAUAGAAUAGGCCAUCCCUUACUUUCCCGUGGGUAUCGUAAGAGACAAGUAAGGAAGCUUAUGGUUGAGGGAUGGAUAGCAAUGUCCCACUUAAAAUAUCACCAAAAGCCAAAACUGCGGUUGCCAACCCGCCUGUCAAGCGUGGCAACUACUAACAAAACCCUCUUAUGGGGGAGGCUAUGUUCAGCAAUGGACAGUUAACGGCUGAUACAAUAUCGACUACAUCAUCAUCAUCAUUACAUGUCAUUAUAUCGACAACUGUUGAACAUGGAUCUCCCUCAUAUUUCACAACAAAGUACGCCCUAAGUUACAGAUGGGCAAAGCACCGGGUUUAAACCCGGUGCUUUGGUAAAAACCCAAUAAACACCCAUAAACUCCCAUAAUCACCCAAAAAAAUAGGUUUUUACGUAUUUUUUUGAAAAUAUGUAAGUAAUACCAAUAAAUUAUUUUUAUAAAUUGUAUUGAUCAAUUCUACAAUAUUAAAUAAAACGUUAACUAAUAAUAUUUCAGGAAAUUUUAAAAAUCUAUAUAUAAUAAAAUGAAAGUAAUUAAUUUUCAGUGUUUUCAUGUUGCAGUUGAUCAACAUGUUGGCCUUUUGCUUCCCGUAGAUACUUUAAAAUUUCUUCAUAACACCUCGUUCGCACACAUGGCCGUAUAUAUUUAAAUUCUUGAGCCACUAACAGUCCGAAAUACUCAUUUCUUUUAUCCUCUUCUCCAUAAAUUAAGCAUUUAGAACAGUUUGUUUCUUCUUUCAGUAAAUUUUCUUUUACUUUAUCCUCGUUUCUUUUCUUUGUUGCGACGACGCUGGGUAAAUCAUCUGGACACUGGGUCUCACUAUCGCCAAAUAUAUUUGGAGAUCGGCUUCGGCUACGGCUUGGCAGACAUUUUUUUCUUUCUACAAUUUUAAAUUAAAUUUAUUAGAAUAAAUGCUUCGAACACACGCGAUCUAAGUACCUUUUGUGUUUAUUAUACCUUACCUACCUAGGUAUAAAAAGAGUACUUACGUAGAUUUUCUUUUAUUAACUGUUUUAUACGAAGAUCUUGAUCUCUCAAAUUAGCAUCCAUUUUACUUCCAGUGAUUAUCAACUAAAUUAAUAAUCCACAAAGUAUUAAAUAACGUUUUUAUGAAAUAUUUAGCACAAAAACAAUACCCUUUAAAUAUCGAUCGUCAGUAACUGUGGCUGACUUACCUAUAUUCUAGCAAGCAGGACUGCCAGAUGUGAAGGGGAAAUCCCCAAUAAAUUGUUGCAUGUGACUGAUGAUGUGAGCAUGUUCGUUUCAUAAUAAAAAUGUUGCCAGGUAACCAAAAAGUCGUAUGUUUUUGUGCGAAUUACGAUCAUAAUCUUUACGAUCGUACAUUAAAAAAUAGACAAAUAAUAGUAUGAGUACGAUUUAAAUCGUAUAUCUGUCAACCCUGCUAGCAAGACAGCGACAAAAUCACGUUGCAUAACAAUGUAGCCCAAGCUUAUAUCUUAUGAAAUAUACGGAAGAGAUACGGACUUAGAAAAAACAGAAAUGUUGUUCUUUGUGGAAGUCAUUGAUGAAAUUCUAUGUAUUUUAGCCCGCAAACUUUCUUCAAACAAAAACAGCGCCAUCUAGUAUCGAGUUCUGUAAUUAUCUCUUUGUUUAUGGAUUUGAAGUAAGACCGCCACGCAUGCAAUACAUUAUGACUGGGGAUUCCCCUAUUCGUCGACGCUGAAUAUGAGGCGACGACAAUCACUGUCAAACGUGUUCACUAUUACUCUGACUCUGGUAACGUGACUUCCUGGUAACGUGUUAGGUAGGAAAAGCAGUAAAAAAGUGCAUAUUAAGGGAGCAGAUUUGAAAUAAUAUUUAUACUUAACAAGAAAUAAUUAAAGGUUCAAUGGGGAGACCUAAAGAUUUACGCAUAUGGGAGCACUACCGUACUUUACCAAACAAGUCUGUUUCUUGCAAGCUUUGUAAUAAGGUCUACAAAUUCAGUAAUGCUGCCAAAAUGCUUCAACAUCUUAUCACUUGUCCAAAAUCUCCAGAAACAUUAAAAGACUCUAUGAAACUUAUAAAAGAUAGCUCGUCCAAAACCAAAAUGUCUGGACUGCGUGAAUUUACUGGGUACAGAGGAAUAACACCUGAGUCCUCAGGAAUGGCAACGCAUGGGGGGUAUCAUGGGCGAAACAGUAUACUCUGUUAUGUCCAUGGUACUGCUCGUGUCUAUGGGCGGCGGUUACCACUUUCCAUCAGGUGGGCCGUCAGCUUGUUUGCCAUUCUAAGUUCUAUAAAAAAAAAAAAAAAAAAAAAAAAAAAAAACUGUCAGAGAUAGAGACAAAUGAUUCUUUUAUAAGCCCCUCGUCGUCUGCUAACACUACAAUAAAUGCUGAGUUUCAAGACACCGAUGAUCAUAUAAAAACAGAAUUAGCGAGAGCUAUAUUUGUAACAGGGACGCCAUUAUCGAUGGUGCAACAUCCUUUAUGGAUACAAUUUUUCGAAAAAUUGCAACCAAAAUUUAAAAUACCUUCACGUAAAGCUUUAGCGACAAAAUACUUAGAUAAAAUAUAUAGAGAAAUGCGUUUUGAGUUAAAUGAGGAACUAAAUGCUUGUAGUUACUUACACCUUCAGUGCGAUGGCUGGUCUAAUUUAAGAAAUGAAGGAAUAAUAAACUUUCUUAUAUCAAAACCUCAACCUGCAUACGUUAAAAGUUUGAAUACAGAAAGUAAUCCUCACACUAGUGAAUACCUUAGCCAAGAAGUUGAAAAAGUAAUGAAAGUGUAUGGAGCAAAUAAGUUUCUUGUACUUAUUGGCGAUAACGCUAGAAAUAUACAAAAGGCAUUCGAAUUAACAAAACUCAAAUAUCCACAUGUUGUUCCUCUCGGUUGCUGUGCACAUAUCCUUAACUUGUUGUGCCAAGAUAUUGUAAAGAUACAAGAAGUAACUGUGUUUAUUAUGCAAGCCAUAAAUAUAAUAAAAACUGUUAAAAGGAGUCAACGAUUAAGUUCCUUGUUGAUAAAAUCAAGGCAGGGUGAAGAUUCUACACAAACACUAAAAUUGCCUUGUGCUACAAGAUGGGGAAGUCAUGUUACUUCGUUAAAAAGUUUGAAAGCAAAUAAGAUAGCUUUGCAAAUAUUAACAGUUAGAGAAGAUGUGGUAAUUUCAAGAGAUAUUAAAGAUUUAAUUCUAAGUGAUGAUUUCUGGACGAAGACAGGGGAAUGUAUAAGUAUUUUGGAACCAGUCACUGAAAGCAUAUUUUACUUAGAGAGCGACCAGAAUCGUUUGCAUCGCACAUACAUUACAUUUAGAGAUGUACAAGCUAAGAUACGUUUUGCAUUAAAUGAGAUUUCGACAUUGAGCGAAGAAAGCAAACAGCAGAUUCUAACAUCAGUAUCUUCAAGAUGCAAUAUGGCAAUGAGGCCAAUACAUUUUGCAGCAUAUAUUCUAGACCCCAGGACUCUAGGAGUCGAACUUACUCAAGAGGAAGAACUUAAGGGUAUGGAGUUUAUCUACAAUUUAAGCCAACACUUAAGUUUGUCAAAUGUAAUGGCAGAUUUGGCGUGUUAUAAAGCUAAAGAAAACUUUUGGGCCAGAGGAUUUGUAUGGAGCUCAUUAGAUAGCAUUGAGCCCCUAAUAUGGUGGAAAGGUAUUUGUGGUUCCACUGAGUUAAGCAAAGUAGCGAUUCGUAUUCUAUCAGCUCCCUGUACUUCGGCAGCCACUGAGCGUUCCUUUAGUAUCCAAGGCUACAUACAUAAUAACAAAAGAAAUCGACUUACAACUGAAAGAACUGAAAAAAUUUCAUUCAUUUGUUAUAACUGGAAUCUUAAACAUAAAGCUGAAUGCGAGGACAUUCAGUUUAAUGAAGAAAAUACCUUAGAAGCUUUCAUUGAGCAAGUAAAUGAACAUAACAGUUUAGACGAAAUAGAGCCUAUCGAACCUAUACAAUUCAUCGCUUGUAAUAACUCUGAAUCUGACAGUGAUUGACUGUAGUUUUACAUUUUACUUUCAUCUCUUUCUUAAUAAACUCAAAAUCAAAUUAAAAGUUUUUUAUUCUGUAGGCUGCAUAAUAAUAUUGUCUAUGUCCAGUAUAGUGGACGUCUUGCGGCUGAGAUGACGAUGAUGAAGUACAAAAUCAUAAACACCCAAAAAUUUGGGUGUUUAUGGGGUUUAAACCCAAUAAACCCAAAACACCCGGUUUUUACCCACCAGACUUUAAACCCACCCAGGUGGAUUGCCCAUCUCUACCCUAAGUAAAUACUCGGCGAUGCUUUUUAACACUUCACUCUAUCACGGGGAGUAUAGCGCCCCACUAUACUUACGUAUGCCUGCUCGACCCAUAACAAUGAUAUUCGAUAAAUUGCUUUUACCCACGAUUUGAUCCGCGUGACCGGGUUAUGUUUACUGACCGAGAUAAAAAGUAUACUAUAUACUUCUCCAUCUUAUAUAGUGCUUGAAUACCAAAUUAUACAGUGAGUGUGGGGAAAGGGAUUGUUGGUAAUGGGGUCUAACUGACCUAUUGCUAGCAAUACACCCUGUCAGGUCGACCUCCACGCGGUUCCCCCUGGAAACCAUCGUGGUUAAUUCUAAUGGAAUUCGUCACGAUGGGCUAAGUGACUUGCUUUCAUUGUCACCUAUCAUCCCUCACUGGUGCCCCGUUGGUGUAUACCGAUAGCGAAAGCGGGGUUACCAUUCCAUUAUCACCCAUUAAAAAAAAAUAUACAGUGAUUGGUUUAACUGUUAAGACGCUAUAAAGUAAAAAAAAAAAAACUCACUUUACUAAGGAUUACACACAAAGAAAUUAAUUGUUCUUAUCAUUACAUUUGUGUGCAAUAAAGAAUAAAAAGAAGGUAACAUGUUAAGGUGCUUCAUCCCAUCGGAGAUCAUUUUUGAAACGUCAUUCAGAUUGCGUUAAUAGUAAAAAAUCUGAAAUAAAUAUAUAUUAAACUACAAUCUGUUUGAAAUUAAUUAAUUUAAAUUAUAAGUUACUUUCAUUGUCUAAAAAUUGAUAUUUCACCAAAAUCCGAUAAACAUACAUGAAAUUAUAGUAGAUACGUUUUUCUUCUAUCUUAAUCUGUGCAUUUAAUUUUAAAUUUGGCCAAAAUUUUAUUGUUAACACCUUAAUUUGUGUCAAAUACAUAUCGGAAAGUUAAAAGGGUCUCCGCGCAGGACGCACGCGGCAGUUUACCGAUUGUACUCAGACGGGAAACCCGUGUCCCAAGGUGUCGAAAAUUCUGCGGGAUAAUGCUGUUGACUUUCUUUGAGUACAUAGACUAUUUACAAAUAGUUUCAAAGAAAUGGGCUUGACGCUCGGAUCGACGUAUCAACAUUAUUAACCCUUUUCGAUGUUUCUAUUUGUGAGUUGUUUGUAAACGCAUGAUUGUAGUAAACUUUUAUCAUUAUUAGGUCAUUUGUUAAGAUUGUACAGUGUCGUAUAUACGAUAAUUAUAUAUAAAUGUUAUAUAAUAUUGUAUACAGAUUAUAUUUUAUAAAUGUUGUUAACUAAUUAAUUCAGAUAGUUUUAUUUUUUAUACAACUUAGAAUGGCAAACAAGCCGACGGCCCACCUGAUGGAAAAUUGUAACCGUCGCCUAUAGACAUGAGCAGUACCAUGGACAUAAUAGAGUAUACUGUUUCGCCCAUGAUACCCCCCAUGCGUUGCCAUUCCUGCGGACUCAGGUGUUAUUCCUCUGUACCCUGUAAAUUCACGCCAUAUCCCACCCUUCAAACAGAAACACAGCUAUGCGAACACAACUGCUUCACGGUUGAAACACGAAUGGGACAGAGGUACCCAAGCAAUAGACUUUUGUACAAAGUCUCCCUCUGGUUUGGGGAGAAAAGACCGUUAGUGACGGGUACUAGUGGCCUCAUUGCUAGCAAUAUAUCCUAUCAGGUCGAACUCCACAACGGGCUCUCUAGAAAAAUUCGCAAUAAAUUUCUCAUGAAUUCGUCAUGAUAGGCCAAUUGAUUGAUCUGAUUUCAUUCUAACAAUCCAAGUUUGUACUUUGUUAUGUUAGAUUUAAAUACUUAAUUUGUUUCAUCUCAAAGGAAUUGUUGACAAAUGUCUUUGACAACCUUAUUUAGGAUUACAGUUGUGAGGAUAUUUAUUAUUCAUACUAAUAUUUUCCCGCGACUUCGUCCGUGUUUUAUCGCGAUAAAAGGUA